AUGCUCGCCGUUCGUCAACGAGUCGAUGAUUCCUCUACAUACUUCAAGGGAUCCCGAUCGAUAAAAUGCGACUGCAUCGAAGUUUCGGAGUUCGGGGGCGGAGCGCGAGUGGUGUGGGCCAUGUCAGCGGGCGAUAGAGAAACCGAGGCUCAGGCCAAGAAAGAUGAGGGAAGCAGCAGCGAAGACAGCCGCGCAGCUCACGCGUUCAAACAGAAUUGGUGCAUCGCUCUCAGAGCGCUCGAACUGGUCCUGGCCGUGAUCGCCAUCGGGUUGAUAAUAGGAGCACUGUACGCGCCGCAGGUUGUGCAGUCCGACCAUCGGCACAUCGCCCUCAUCUACUCGGCCUACUCAAGUUACAUCAUAAUUACUGGGGUCCUGAUUAUCGCGCGGAUCUUCGGUGAGUCUGCUCCCUGGAGAACAUCUUUAGCCUUCUCGAUAUUGGGAGUGAUCAUGUUUACUGCGGCGGCGGCCGUCAUCUUCUACGAUUGGCACCGCUCCUACUACGCGAACAUUCGGCCGAAUAAAGGUUCAUACGACCUCCUCAUAUCCUCAGGGGUUUUCGCAAUUAUGGACGCCGUUGUCUUUCUGGUUCACGCCUUCGUUACCUUCAGAAAGGAGGCCGAUUACUAA